CAGCACAGCUCCGCAGGAGAAGCCGGCAGCCGACCAGAAGAUGUCGAAGAACAAGAAGAAGAAGCUGAAGAAGAAGCAGAAGCGGCAGCAGGAGCUGCUAGAGCUUCAGCAGCAGCAGAUUCUCGAGCUCGAGUUGGAGGAGAGGAAGAGCAAGACGCUGCCUCUUCCCGACGACAAGGACUUCAGCCUCGAGGCGGAGGAUGCGGACGCCGGGGAGGAGUUGCCGCGGCAACCGCCCGCCAACGGCGAGGAGACGGAGGAGAAGUUGCAGACGUCGCUCGCGGACGACCAGCAGCAGGUGGCGCCGCGGGAGCAGGAGAGCGAGAAUCAACACAAAAAUGGUCUAAUAAGCGACGAUAAGGAAGAUGACAAGCAGGAGGAGGAUGACAACGAGAAGGUUGCUGACACCUUCUCCUCCUCCUCCGUCGAGAAGCAGGACAGCCAGGAGAAGACGCAGUCUCUCGAUCAGCAGCAGCAGCAGCAGCAGCAGGACUCGGACCCGGCACCCGGCGCGCCGCCGCAGUCGCAGUCGCAGAAAAACGGACAGUUGUGCAAUGGCGACGUUAACGGGCAGACGCGCUGCGGUGGCGCCCCCGAGUGUCGGGAGCCAGCGGCGGCCGACGCCGAGCCGCAGUCGCCGGCGGAGCAAGAUGACGGCCUGCUGUCCCCGCUUGGUCCGCCCAGUUCGCUGCUCGAAAACUUCGACUCGAAGAGCUACCUAGAUCAAGUUGUGAACCAUGACCCGCUCCAUGAGAUUUGUGAUAUACCGGUGAAGAUAGCUGAUCUGGGAAACGCUUGUUGGAAC